AGGGAGAGUGAAAGAAGGGAGAGAAAGUGAAGAGGGAGGACCGCUGAGCUCUGUAAGCAUGCGAGGAUCAACUGGAUGAUUCAGGGAGAGAAACAGAGCCGUGGAGGGUCGUCGGAAAACAUAACUGAAAAGUAAGGGAUUAUAAAGGCAUCACUUAACAGACUGGAGGAAGGACGAGUCAGGUGGAUCAAAGGAGAGGAUAUUGAGAAAAGUGAUCCUCAUUGAUGGAAAAGUUGCCUGCUCUGAAGCUGUGGACAUACAUCAUGGUCCAUUUGGCUUUGGCUGAACCUCAGAAAAGACUGUUAAUGGGGAGAUACUGAGAGUUUACAUCAUCGUCGGACGUCAAGCAUCCAUCUUCAGAGUUUGUACUUAACCUUUCUGUCACACUGUGGCUGAUGUCAUCGCUCUCCUCAUAUGUUCUCAGCCCCUCAGCGGGCUGAGAAAGUCUGCUGAGGAGUAUGGGCAGGAGAGUGGCUGACCCAACGAAUCCAGUGCCUGCUCUCGGGGUUCCCUUGGCUGGAGGGAGAUGGGGCCCGCUGUGCAGUGUUGGUGUGCAGACAUCACCGGGUCUGCAGAUUUUCCACUCUCUCAAGAAACAAGGCAUCCAGACGACGCCCAAAAAACAACCGCUCGCCGUGGAGGCUCCAAAGAAAGUGGACACAGGGAAGUUUGUCGGAAGUGACAGCAGCAGUCUGCCACUCUCCAAAGAGACAUCACAGAACGAAGUAAACAGCGUGACACAGGACGACAUGGGUUCUCAAGGAUCGGGCAGCGGAAUUUACUGCCAGAUUAGGGCAGUACGGACAAAUCCAAAAGACACCAAAGGGAAAAGGACAGCCAAGUACACAAAUGGCAGCGUUGUGGCAUCAGAUGCGCUGGGAGGAGUUUGCAGUGAGGCCACAGAGGGACUCGAGCCAGCCCAAGAGAGGAGGAGGGUGCAGUCCUUACGAGGAGAGGGUCAACGCUCUGCAUUAAAGACGGGGAGUGUUUGCACGACAGUGCAUGCUACGCCGCCUCGACCCUGCCGAAUGAUGCCAAACUCCCAGGCCCCCCUCUGUGCGACAUGUGGUCGGAGACGAUCACAGAUUACACCGUGCACCGGAGCUUGCCGCAGGAGGGUCAACCCUCAAAUCAGCGCCAGUCAGACUUUACCAAAUGCUGCAAGCAGGCACGGCGUUGGUGCCAACCAAUCGAAAAAAGAAUUUUCUUUGGAUUCACAGCCUGCUACCAAAAACCAGGAGGUAGCAAAGAAGCCCACACGCACAUCAGGAAAGGCGUCUCAAAUACCACAGUUGUCGCACACAAUACCAAAAACGCAAAGCUCACAUUCGGCACACGUGCCGCACACGCGGCUCGAUAGAAAAGACUCCACGCUACAGAACAGACCCCACUCCGCAGACUUCACCCACUUUAAGGACUCGGCCACACAGACAACAGAUACACAAGCUAGCAACACACAUGACAUCACAACCAGCGCACAGGUGACGCACACCUGCGCAACAUCAAACGAAAAGCAAGACAUUCAAACAGAAGACAAAAAACAAACCCAGAACACAAACUGUAAUCCACUUGAAAAGACCCUUGAAACUGAAUGUAACAAAACGCCACCAGUACCACCAAAGAACUCCACAAAGCCAAACUCUUCCAAAUCAGACACACCGGUGGCUCUAAACAAAAACACUCAGAAUAACAAUCAGCCUUGUAAGACUCAUAUGACAGCUCAGUGUAACGGCGCCCCAGCUGGACUGCUGGCUGGUAAAACGGUCCAAGCACCCCGUGGGCUGGAGAUGCAGCUACAGACUGUGGAGGAGAGUCUUCUGUCCAACCAGGAGAAGAUCAAGGUGUUACUCAAUGUCAUUCAAGACCUGGAGAAGAGCAAAGCCCUCAGUGAGGGACGAAGCUCGUACAGAACUGGACAGGACAUAAACAACUGCUCCACCUGCCAAAAGACAGCUUGUAUCAUCUACAGUGUAGAACAUGAUUUUCGGACGCAGGAGGGACGAUUCCAAGGUGUUAUGGACUACUUGGAGGGAGAUUAUGAUGUUCCCGCACAGACUCCCACCAAGUCUGCAUCAGCAACGACCCAGAUCAACCGCCUCAGCACCAAGAACCGGGUGAAAAAGCUGCGGAAGAAAUGCUUCUGGUGGCUCUAAUGGAUUACAGACAAUCACGUAGUGUUGAAAAGACCUGUGGAAUCCAGUUUAACGGAACCCCUUUGUUGGUGCAGUGGCUUAACAUCUUGUCAAGUGGGAACCUGCUUUCACCGACAGUGAAAAAUGAAGAGGAGCUAAACAGAAUUUGUUUUUGUUUUUUUCCAGAAUGGUAAGAGGACUAACUUCAUGAACUAUAGUGAGUUACUUUACUUCCAAAACAACUGAAACGGGAAGCCCUGCCAUGUGCUUGAUGGAAGCUAUGAUUGACACCGAGGGGGGCUGUCUAGACGGACUGACAGCUGGGUGAUGGGUUUUAUUUAAGAAUGGAUUGGAGGCUGCUGGCAGGAGGGGAAAUUAAAGCAAUAAGUGAAGGAAUAGAAUGCGUCGUAAAUCUAAGUUGUGCUUUUUUUUUUUUUCAACAUGUAUAAAGUUUUUAAGGAGCAGUUUCAAUGUAGCUUUGACAGGACUACAACGAAGGCCGAAAAUAUACAGUAUGGAAGCUCAGGAAAAAGGAGACAUUGUGUUUGUGACUAGCAGAUGAUCGAUGACCCUGUCAGAGUGGCCUCAGAGAAGACGUUUUUGAUCACAUUUUAGCCAAAAUCCUUAACAUCGUUUGACAUGAUUAAAACCAUCUUUAAGUGACUCAGACAUGUAACAAUAGACAUAUUAGAAAUGCAUAUAGAAUAUGCAAAACUAACAAUGAACCGGCUGAAAACAAAAAAGUUAUCAAGAUAGUCAGAGUCACAUUCAGUGAAGACACUGUGAUUUAAAAGAGUUUUGGAUCCAUCAGCUGAGAUGGCUGAAGUAUAGGACGUUUUGAGAAACUUGAACUCAGAAUAUAAAAAAAAAAGGCACAUAUGUUUGGACAUUGAAAACCCAUCCGGACUACAAUAGUGCAGUACCCUGGAACGUAAACUAAAAUGAUGAACACAAUACAAUACACAUUCCAAAAUAGAAUCCCCUUGAUGCUUAAAAUGUAAGUGUUUAACAAGUCUGUUUGACUACAAGAUCAAAAAAUGUGAGGUUUGAUACAGAUUUCUGAAGCCUACUUAACCUAAAAUAAUUAAAAAUAUCUAACCUGAAUUCAAUUCAUUCCACUAGCUCUUAGUGUGAGUAGCAUCUUUGAUACACUUCUGGAUGUUUUUAUUUGAUGUCAAUAUGAACUUCGAUGGGAAAUCUAUGAAAAACAACCCAGUAAAGCAUGAGACCCAAUUUUGUAAGUCAAUUCUAAUAAAUACUUUGUCUUCCCUUAGUGUGGCCCACUACAGAGAGCACAAAAUAAACACGUACUAGAGACAGAAUAACAGUCAUUAAAUAUGAAUCUCUUCAACAGCAGUGACAGAAUAUCAGUGUUUAGAGGAUAAAACAGAAGCGUCUGACGAUAAAUAUAAAAUUUACAUGACGGCCAUUGAAGUAAUUCAGAGCGUUAACGGCAGGCUUUACAGCUGCAUAUGGCAAAAUGUUGAUCGAAUUCAUGGACGACAGGCUGCUUUUUAAUCAAUGUUUCCAUAACUGUAACUGAACCUGUGUGCGCUCCCACAAGUGUGUUCCAGACCUUCCUCUCAUACAAACAAUAAAUGUGUCUAUUUUAACAAAACACGCUGUUGUUAAGGUGCUUGGUGUCGAGAGUGCUUAUUGUUUGAUAAUCAGCAGAAGAGAUACUUACAAUCAGAGCAUGCUCUCGGCCCAUUGUGAUGACGGUCUGGUUGAUGAUUCUCAGCAGAGACACCACAAUGUCCUGGAUAUGUUGAAAUGUCUCACCCUGGCAGCAGAUACAACAUAGAAAAUGGGAUUAGCUGCAGUGCUUCACAAUCUGGGGGCAGAAAGUGUAAGGAUUUUCUUGAACUAAAAACAACUCAAUAGGAACUUGAAGAGCACUUAGAGAGUGUAAACCUCCGCCAAGCAGCUUCAGUCCAUCCCCAACACAAUCUCCCAAUGACAAAGUAUCCUUCUUUGGACAUACGAGCGAAAACGGCGCA